AUGUCAUUCAUUAUCUCUAAUCUCACGAAUUGGGUUUUCCUCUCGAGGUUUUGUUUCUUAUCACAAGACGGUGUCUUCGAGUACGACGUCUCCUACCCUAAAAACUAUGGGCCCCAGAAUUUUCUACUAUACUUCGAUUCGGUGUAUCAAUGGCCAGCCAUUUACAAGAAAGGAAAGACGUGCGAAGACAAGCAUAAGAUUCUGGACAACGAUAACAAUCAAGUGAUCACUUUAGCCAACUAUACGACAGAAAUCAAGGCGACCCACGCGUCCGGCUGUAAGGAGUACCACGAAGACUACGACAACCUCACGGUAUGGUACCGGUGCACCCAUUACCGCAAGUUCCACUCGUAUCGGGAGCGCUGGUGGUUCAUAGCACUCGACAAUUGCAACUCAACAAAGGGAUUGAAGUUGAGAUACAAGAUUACGAUGACUAACAAUGUUAACGAUGGAUGGCUCCGGCAUUUCUCUGCCGACGAGUUUUAUAUAUUACACACGGAUCUCAUAUUCACGAUAUUAUACUACGCGCUAUUCAUUGCCUCGUGUUUUGAAGCCUGGCGAAGUAUGGAAGCGGUGUCGACCAUCAUAUUCCUGUUACUACUGAUACUACUGGCCAAAGGGUUCACAGUGACCCGGGCCAGGCUCAAGAUGAGCACAUCCAUUAAGAUCGGCGUCUUCAUGACACUCUUCACCAUCACUUACGGCAUACUCUUCUUUCACGAGCAAACGUAUUUCGACCCUGGUGAGGUGCUGUACUUGUACGAGAGUCCAUUCGGGUACGGGUUGAUCGCCCUGCGCCUCAUAGGGUGGGGUUGGUUCGUCUACGCCAUUGUCUUCACUCUAAUACAUUAUCCGCAAAAAUCUUCGUUCUUCACGCGAUUA